AUGCCAGGAGCUACUAGUAGCUUCUUGCUACUGGUAGCAAGGCCCUUGGCUACUAGCAGCUUCCUGCUACUAGGGAUGCACUUGUUACUAAUGGUAUGGUGUCUUCCUUCGUUUUGUUUUGCGACGAUGGUCAAUCUCAGUUCAGGCCCGGCGAAAGGCUGGGGCAUGGUUCAUGUGAAGUUUGUGUAUUUUGACUUCAAUAUGGGGGUACGGAGAGAGAGAGAGAGAGAGAGUCUAAGAGCAAUGGCCUUCAUCCAGCGUAGCGAUGGACUCCAACCUAAUAGGGAGAGAGAGAGAGAGAGAGCUUGCAUCUUCCUCGCAGCCCUUGCGGCGUGCAAAACUCUUUUGGGCCUCAUCGACGUCGUCAAGAGCCAAUGCUAUCUCGACUGUGAUCAAUAA